GAACCUCGCGAUUUGCUUUGUUAUAUAUUAGGAAGACGUGUUGGCAGAGCGCACGGGUUUGUUUUCGCUGAAGAUUUGCUCCUCCUCAAGCGACAAAUGAUACGAUGGAAAAUUUAGAGCUGAGCCUGUCAUCACUGGGCAUUAUAUCCAGACAUGUUGACAAAAGUCACAACGAACUGGGCCAGUAUCUGUCAAAGCAGAUAUGGAGCCAGCAGGACAGGCAGUGUAUUCUGGAGUGUUUGGCUCAGCUGCUGCUGGAGAAGGAUUAUACUUUGCUGAUUGCAAGACACCUGCGCCCGCUGAUUCUGGACCUGUUGGAGCGAAACGCAGAGAGGGUCAAAGCUGGAGGCAGGAUCAGCCAUGACCUCCAUGAGCGCCUGUGUGUGGCCCUCAGCAAACUCCUCGGCGUCAGUCCUGAUGCACAGGCGUUUGCUGCAAGGUACUUCAACGAUGCCCCCCCGGUAUUUCAGAGGCUCUUCUUCACCAGUGAAGAGUCGUCAGCUGUCCAGUAUGGCCCCAAGAGGAUGAAACUGCGGGACCUCAUGGGUGCCACCCUGCGUUUCCUCCAGAGUGAUUGUGCCAAGUUUCGAAUGCUCUGGGACUGGAGUCCCUGCGUUUCCCAGCUGCUCACCAGCGAUGUCAUGGUGCGAGGGUACACUGCCCACUGUUUAGCAAUGGUGUCUCAUAUGACUGAUAAUCAGAAAACCAUCUUCCUGAGGAAGGUCCUGACAAAUGAUGAGAUCCUGCAUAUGAAAAUCAAGGCUUUGGAAGAAACCCAGCAGCUGGAGGUAGAAAAGGCCCUGGUUUUAGCCAAUCAGGGCUCUGUGAUGUGGCGCCAGGAGAAAGCAAAUAAGUUUACCAGGGGCCAAGUGGUAUCAGAGGAUCUGUCGUUGAAUGUUGUAGCAGUCUGUGGUGUUGUACUACCAAGGACGGCUCCCAGACAGCCUGAACAGAUAAACCCAAAGGAUCUGGUGCUGGUUGAAUCAACCUGCCGUAACCUGAGAAGAUUGGCUUUAGCUGUGGCUUCCCAGAAGCCAGUGCUUCUCGAGGGUCCUAUUGGAUGCGGUAAAACUGCCCUGGUAGAGUUCAUGGCUGCUGUCACUGGACAUAUCAAAGCUACAGAGAUCCUCAAAGUCCAACUUGGAGAUCAAACUGACAGCAAGAUGCUGCUAGGGAUGUACCGUUGUACUGAUAUACCAGGGAAGUUUGUGUGGCAGCCAGGAACGCUGACACAAGCUGUAUCUAAAGGUCAGUGGAUCCUCUUGGAAGACAUCGAUCAUGCGCCUCUGGAUGUGAUAUCUGUGCUCCUGCCUUUGAUGGAGAAUAAAAAACUGAUGAUUCCUGGACGGGAGGAUUGCAUCGAUGUUGCUCCUGGAUUUCAGUUCUUUGCUACCAGAAGGAUGUACUACAGUGGUGGUAGUUGGCACAAACCACAGAAUUCCCAUGCAGCUCUGCUGGACAAGUACUGGACCAAGCUGCAAAUGGGCAACAUGACACGCGAAGAGCUGAAGAAAGUGCUCAUCAGCAGGUAUCCCAGUCUGACAGUGGUAUCAGACCGUCUGCUGGAUAUCUACUGCCAGCUGACUGGGGAGAGACACGCUGAAGUGGACACAAGCAGCAUUCAAACCCCUGACGACAGCCAGCAGCACAAGUCUGAAGACAAAAGCACACCUCUGGAGGGGAGAGCUUUGUCACUGAGAGACCUCCUGAAAUGGUGUGAGAGGAUCAGCAUCAACUUUGACAGCUCCUCGUCAUCAACAGCACAACAUGUCUUCCAAGAGGCUCUGGACUGCUUCACAGCUAUGCUAUCUCGUCCCGAAAGUCGACUGCGAAUGGCAGAGAUCAUUGGAAGCAAACUCAACAUCUCCAAAGAGAAGGCACAGCACUUCUGCCAGAUGUAUCAGCCUGGCAUCGCGCUGACUGAGCUGGAGGCCUCGGUGGGAAGAGUGACUCUGGCUCGAAAGCAAACUGAAGCGGUGCAGCUGACUUUGGAUAACCAGACAUUUGCUGCCACACGGCCCUCUGCUGUGCUGCUGGAACAGCUGGCAGUAUGUGUGGCAAAGUUGGAGCCUGUUCUCCUGGUGGGAGAGACAGGAACUGGAAAGACCUCCACUGUACAACACCUGGCCAGAGUCACAGGACACAGACUGAGGGUUGUGAACAUGAACCAGCAGAGUGACACUGCCGACCUGCUCGGAGGGUACAAGCCAGUAGACCACAAGCAGAUCCUGCUGCCUCUGCGGGAGGCCUUUGAGGACCUCUUCUCCCAGACAUACUCGAGGAAGCAGAACCUGACCUUCCUGGGUCACGUGCAGACCUGCUUCAGGGGCAAACGUUGGCAAGAUCUGCUCAAGCUCAUGGAUCACGUCUGCAAGUCAGCUCUGGCUAAAGAGCUACAAGAGAAAUCAAAUGCUGCUGUGCUACAGGAGCAGUGGGAGGCGCUGGCUCUGAAACUGAAUCAAACCCAGCAGCAGAUCCGAGCCUGUGAGACAGCUAUGAUCUUUGCCUUUGUGGAGGGAACAUUAGCUCAGGCAGUGAAGAAGGGACACUGGAUAUUGCUGGAUGAGAUCAACCUGGCAGCAGCGGAGACUCUGGAGUGUCUCAGUGGACUGCUGGAGGGCAGCGCUGGAUCUCUGGUGCUGCUGGAUCGUGGAGACACUGAGCCCCUGGUUCGCCACCCAGACUUCCGUCUCUUUGCCUGCAUGAACCCAGCAACUGAUGUGGGGAAAAGGAACCUGCCUCUGGGCCUCAGGAACAGGUUUACUGAGCUGUAUGUGGAGGAGCUGGAGAAUGAGGGAGACCUGAGAAUCCUGGUUUUAGAUUACCUCAAGUGCUUGAAUCCACACAGGAACGUGAUCAGUGGCAUCAUAAGUUUUUACCUGGCAGUACGAAAGGAGGCUAACUCCCAUCUGGUGGAUGGGACCGGCCACAGACCCCACUACAGCCUGCGGACUCUGUGCAGGGCUCUGAAAUAUGUAGCAACAAACCCCUGCAACAAUGUGCAGCGUUCACUCUACGAGGGUUUCUGCCUGAGCUUCCUCACUCAGCUGGACAGAAGCUCCCACCCUCUGGUCCAGAAGCUGGUGUGUCAGCACAUCCUGAUGGGAAACACCAAAUGUCUCAAACAACCCAUCCCAGCACCCUCAAGCCGGCCCUGUGUGGAGCUGGAGGGCUACUGGGUGUCGCAGGGGGAGCUGGAACCAGCUCUUGACCCCAGCUACAUCCUCACCGCCUCUGUCAAGCUCAACCUUCGCGACCUCGCCAGGGUGGUGUCUGCAGGGACUCACCCAGUGCUGAUUCAGGGAGAGACCUCUGUGGGGAAGACCAGCCUGAUCCGCUGGCUGUCUGCAGCCACCGGGAACCAGUGCGUGAGAAUCAACAACCACGAGCACACCGACAUCCAGGAGUACAUUGGCUGCUACUCAUCAGACGACAGGGGCAAGCUGGUGUUUAAAGAGGGUGUUCUGAUUGACGCCAUGAGAAAAGGCUACUGGAUCAUACUGGAUGAGCUGAAUCUCGCCCCCACUGACGUCCUGGAGGCUCUCAACAGACUGCUGGACGACAACAGGGAGCUGUUUGUGGCCGAGACUCAAGAAGUCAUCAAGGCUCAUCCCAGAUUCAUGCUGUUUGCUACCCAGAAUCCUCCUGGACUUUAUGGUGGCAGAAAGGUGCUUUCCAGGGCUUUCAGGAACCGCUUUGUGGAGCUGCACUUUGAUGAGCUUCCCAGUGGAGAGCUGGAGACCAUCCUCCAUCAGAGGUGCAGCCUGCCUCCAUCCUACUGCACCAAGCUGGUUAAAGUCAUGCAGGAUCUUCAGUCUUUACGCAGAGGCUCCUCUGUGUUUGCGGGGAAACACGGCUUCAUCACCCUCCGAGAUCUGUUCCGCUGGGCCGACCGCUACAGGCUGGAGCAGGAGACAGAGGCCGCUCAGGACUGGCUACAGCAUUUAGCAGAUGAUGGGUACAUGUUGCUGGCAGGACGUGUAAGGAAGCCGGAGGAAGAGGCCACUAUCCUGUCUAUCCUGGAGAAGCACUUCAAGAGGACGGUGAACCCUGAAAACCUUUUCUCUCAGAAACAGGUCACCAGCCAGUUCAGUCCCUUCAUCGACAGCAUUGCCGGAGUACCAGAGGAGUUCCGUCAUGUUGUGUGGACUCACGGCAUGAGGAGGCUGGCUGUGCUAGUGGGCCGGGCGCUGCGAUUCGGCGAAUCUGUCCUACUCGUAGGAGACACAGGAUGUGGAAAGACUACUAUCUGCCAGCUGUUUGCUGCUUUGGCUGGACAGAAGUUCUUCGCAGUCAACUGUCACCUGCACAUGGAAACAUCCGACUUCCUGGGAGGCCUGCGACCCGUCAGACACACACAUCAGACUGAUGGUGAGGACAGCAGGCUAUUUCAGUGGCAUGAUGGGCCCUUGGUCCUGGCAAUGAAGGAGGGAGGAGUGUUCCUCAUGGAUGAGAUCUCACUGGCAGACGACUCAGUGCUGGAGAGACUCAACAGUGUUCUAGAGACAGAGAAGUCCCUGGUGCUAGCAGAGAAGGGCAGCGGGGAUAAUGACGAUGUGGAGCUGAUCAGAGCAACUGCAGGUUUCCGACUGGUUGCCACCAUGAACCCUGGAGGAGACUUUGGCAAGAAGGAGCUCUCUCCCGCCCUCAGGAACCGCUUCACAGAGAUCUGGUGUCCUCAGAGCAACAGCCGCAGUGACCUGGUUCAGAUCAUCCAACACAACCUGCGCUCAGGCCUCUCACUUGAUGGUGGCGAUGUAGCAGAGUUGAUGCUGGACUUCAUCGAGUGGCUGAUCCGGCAGGACUUCGGCCGGCGCUGCAUCCUCAGCGUCAGAGACAUCCUCUCAUGGGUCAACUUCCUCAAUGCUGUGUGUGAGAGGGACGAGGACGGCUUCAUGACGAUGGGGGCCCUGGAAGAUGAAGAAGAAGCAGAGUGGGACCUCAGACUGGACACUGUCACCGCCUUCAUUCAUGCCGCAUGUCUGGUCUACAUUGACGGCAUUGGCUCAGGAACCACAGUGUCCUCUGCGGACAGUGCCCUCUUGGCUCGUCGACUGAGCCUAGGUUUCCUGCAGCAGCGACUGAGUAAGAUGACCAAGCUGGAUCAGGAGAUGUUAGACGCACUAAGAGUCUAUGACAGCAGCCUGCCGCGGGAACCCCAGUGGGGCGAAGACUUCUUUGGCAUCGACCCGUUCUACAUUGCUUUAGGCCCUCAGACCGAGAGCCGUAACCUCUCAGACUAUGCCAUCGCAGCAGGCACCACUGCAGUGAACGCCCAGCGGCUUCUACGUGCACUGAAGCUGCAGAGGCCCGUCCUGCUGGAGGGCUCACCUGGUGUGGGAAAGACCAGCCUGGUGGCAGCGCUGUCUAAAGCUUCUGGAAACCAUCUGGUCAGAAUCAACCUGUCAGAGCAAACGGAUGUGACUGACCUGUUUGGGACAGAUCUCCCUGUGGAGGGAGGAAAGGGAGGAGAGUUUGCGUGGCGUGAUGGCCCCCUUUUGGCUGCUUUGAAGGCAGGUCACUGGGUUGUCCUGGAUGAGCUGAACCUGGCGUCUCAGUCAGUGUUGGAAGGUCUGAACGCCUGCUUCGAUCACCGAGCUGAAAUCUACAUUCCUGAACUGGGCAUGAGCUUCCAGGUUCAGCAUGAGAAGACAAAGAUCUUCGGCUGCCAAAACCCCUUCACUCAAGGUGGUGGGCGUAAGGGACUUCCUAAAUCCUUCCUCAACAGAUUCACUCAGGUUUUUGUAGACCAGCUUACCUGCAAAGACAUGGAGUUUAUAGGAGAUUCUAUUUUCCCCAACAUCGAUAAAGAAAUUGUCGCUAAAAUGGUGGAGUUCAGUAACAAGCUUGUCCAGGAGGUGUGUGUGGAGAGACAGUGGGGUCAGAAGGGAAGCCCCUGGGAGUUUAACUUGCGUGACAUGUUCCGCUGGUGUCAGCUGAUGCAGACUGACCAGUCGCCAGGAUUUUUCAACCCAGGACAGCAUGUCUCCUUGGUGUAUGCUGAUAGAAUGAGAACGGAGGCUGAUAAAGCUCAGGUGCUGUCAGUGUUCAGGAAAGUGUUCGGGGAGGACUUUGAGCCAUACUGUGGAUCCAGACAGUUCCACAUCACUCCACUCAACCUGCAGGUGGGCUUCUCUGUACUGCAUCGCAGUGGUGGAGCCCCUGUGGCUCUCGACCCACCACUGUCCAUCACACACCAGUCCUUGCGGCCUCUGGAGUCCCUGAUGAAGUGUGUGGAGAUGGGCUGGAUGACCAUAAUGGUUGGCCCCACGGCGAGUGGAAAGACAAGCCUAGUGAGACUGUUGGCUCUGCUGACAGGACACCGCCUCAGGGUCAUGGCCAUGAACAGCGCCAUGGACACCACAGAGCUGCUGGGAGGCUUCGAACAGGUGGAUAUCAUGCGACCAUGGCAGCAAGUGUUGGAGAGUGUGGACUACAUAGUUGCCAUGGUAAUUAGACGGGGACUGAUGUCGCUGGAUGUUGGCAUCCAGGACACAGAGUUCCUGCUGCAGACGUGGGGUCUGUUCUGCCACUGGUUGAAGGAGGAGGGACUGCAAAGAACUGGGGGAACAGUCAACUCAGAGGCACUAAACAAGCUGGAGGUCAUCAUCCUCCUGCUGCAGAAACUCAACACCAAGCUCAAAGUGUUUACAGACAUGUCCAAGCUGCAGAUGGACUUCACGCUGCUGAAGGAGCGACUGGCUCAGCUGGAGGACGGCUGGACAAACGGAGGUUUCGAGUGGUUGGAUGGUAUGCUGGUUCAGGCUCUGCAGGCUGGGGAUUGGCUGCUCAUGGACAAUGUUAACUUCUGCAGUGCUUCUGUCCUGGAUCGGCUCAAUGCUCUGCUGGAGCCUGGUGGAUCGCUCACCAUCAACGAACGUGGCGUCAUAGAUGGGAAGACCCCCAAAAUAACCCCUCAUCCGAACUUCAGGUUGUUUCUAACCAUGGACCCUGUGCAUGGGGAGCUCUCCAGAGCCAUGAGGAACAGAGGGGUGGAGGUUUACAUCCCAGGGGAACACGAGGGUAUCUGCUGGGACAUUUUGGACCUAAAAACCCUGCUUCACACUGCAGGGGUGACUGGAGACUGUGUAUGUGAUCUGCUGAUUGAAAUACAUAAGAGCAUCAAAUCUGCCAUCUGGGAUUCCCCUGCCUCAUCAAUGGCCUCCCUUCUCCAUGCUGCCACCUUGCUGUCCUGCCAGCUGCAGAGAGGUGUAGAUUUGCCCAGUGCCCUGCAGCAUGCCUGUGGAGAGGCCUACUCUUUCUGUCAGCGCACCACCGCCAACCAGAAGCAAGCCCAGCAGGUGAUUGAGCAGCACUUGGCCAUCCUGGAUACAGAGGACUGGGGCAGUGGGCUGCUGUGUGCUGGAGUUUGGCCAGACGGUUUCCCCUCCGCCCUCCUCUCCACGGAGGAUUCCUGCUUUUCUGACGUCCUCCGAGAUGGACAGGUCCUCUCAUUCUGCCUGAACACCCUCAGCCUGCAGGGAAAACGGAAUCGUCCUCUAAGUUUGAAUGACCUGCAGAGGGCCUUGCAGAGCGGUGGUGUCCAUGAAGGGCUGGUAUUCUCUGGAGGAGUGGUGGAUCUGGAGGAAGGAGAUGCUCUGAGGCUGAUCCCCACAGCAGUGAGACUCCUCACAGAGAGAGCCUCUCAUGGAGACUGGAUCCUUCGCAGCAGCUGGCUCUCACACCUAGGGAAGAGCUACAAAUAUGCCCCAGAUUCAGCGCUGGUCCAGGUAGAGGCAGGAAACAGAGCUCUGAAGGCUGUGUUUGGCAGUAAACUUGCUGCAAAGGGCAAGUCCCUUGCAGAGUUGCUCCAACCUCACAGCAUAGAUGAAUACAGGAUUCUGGUGGAUAUGCGCUGGAACAAACAAUACCUGGAUAUUUUAGCCAACAAAUGCAGCUUUGAGGACGAGGAAAGAUACAUGGAGUUUCUGGAGGCUCUGAAUGCAGUUGCUAACAGGAUUGUUCUGAUGAUGGACAGAGAAGAGAGGUCAGUCAUCUGCACCUGUGCCAUCAACCUGUCUGCUCAGAACUGUGCUCUGAGAAUAGCAACAGCCUUCAGCAAAGGUACUGUGGACAUCGGUCACCUCCCACACCCGGUGCUGAUGCACCUACGAACCUUCUUCGACUUGUGGGACUCCUUCACCCUGCAGGCUGUGCAGAGCGGACAGCCCUACAUCUCAGACCACAUCAUGUUUGAGAUUCUACAGCUGCUGCAGUGGCUCGAUCGUUUCUGGGAUGUGUGCAGCACGCUGCCGGCUGACUCUCAGGGCAUCUCCGUGCUGUCCCUGCACUGGCAAUGGGUACAAAAGCACCUCAUCCUCCGGCUGCCUCAGCUGCUGCUUGGUGACGCUGACGCCACAUUUGAAGGUCAUCAGGAGCUGCAGGCAGUCUCAGCAGCUAUCCAGACUGUUCUGUCCACCCCAGUGUCUGUGGCCACAGCUCUGAAGGGCAUCCAGAAAACCCUGGGGAAAGCUCUUCCUUUCAAGCUGGAGUCUGUGGCUGAGUGUGCUUCUAGGCUCAGGCUCCUGAGUAAAGCUCUGGACGUAAGCAAUCUCAGGUUGGAUGGCACUGCGGGCCCUUGGAGGCAGAAGCUGGUCCAGCUUCAGGGUGCUGGACUCGGGCUAGACAUCAAAGAGAGUCUCCUAGAAGCCUGGGGUCUUGUCUUGCUAGCAAACAACCAGCUGGAUCCAAAGAAGUCUGGGGUGCUGGAGAGAUUGGUGUCGAGUGUGGAGCAGCAGCAGUGUACCAUGACCUCCAGAGGGCUCCUUGAGGUCUGUUCCAUGUCAGAAGGGGAAGAACCAGCAGACGGAGUCCACAUGCCCAAAGAGGAGCUGCAGCAGCUCAGUCGCAGAGCACAGCUCUGGCCCCUGAUGGAGGAACUGGCUGUACUCAACCAGCUGCGACUCAGCACAGACCUGCUGCACCUGGCUCUUUCUCCUGGUGAUCAGGAGGCUGAGGACUGCUUACGUCGGGAGCUGUCCAGACACCUUCGCUACUGCCUCCAAUCCACACCGAUGAAUGUCAGCCAGCUCCAGCCACUGUGGUUCCUGCUUAGCAGUGACAGGCCGGCUGAGGAGCUGCCGUUAGUGUGGUGUGAGCUGCUGUCGGAGGCCUUGGCUGCCCUGUGGAACUGCAGUGUGACUUCAGAACCAGACCGCUGGUUGAAAUGGGACCCGCUGAGUGCUGACACCGAGUCAAGUCCAAAACUGCACCAUGGAGCAGAUAACAUGGGUCCAGCCUUGCUGAGCAAAGCAGUGUGGUCACAUUGCAUGCUAGGAGUCCUCAGCAGCAGCGAGACUGGCGGUCGAUGGGAACCAUCUGGAGUUGCCCUUCUCUCCCUCUCCCAUGUCUCCCUCGGGGAGUGGAAGGAGAGGAUCCAGCAGCUGCAAGAUGUUUCUGCAGUGUUGUGGGACAAUAUGGCCAUUCCUGCAUUGGCUGAAUUCAGGGGUACAGACUUCAGGCUCCAGGGUGCAGUCCUGCGUCGGCAGCUUCAGAGCAUGGCCGACCUGCUGCCUCCCAGCCUGCAGGAGGGCUACAUGGAGAGCUGCGAGAGCCUUGUGGAGGACCCAGACCCUCUUAUUGCAGCCCAGGAGAUCCAGACAGUCUUCAGAGACUUUCUACCUCCAAACUUGCUUCCCGACGGCCUGGUGGAAGCCUGCAUCACCUGUCUACAGCAAUAUGUCCAAAGCAAAGUCCAAGGAUCCAACCUACUGGCUCGGUCCGGAGUGUUUUGGGUGAACAUGGGGCUGUUGCAGGUCAAAGUGUGGACUCCACAGACCAUUUUUGACCCAGCUGUGAAGAGAGCCUACAAACUCAACUACGCUCAGCAGGAGCUGGCUCUGCUGCAGGAGGAAUGGAGAGGACGAAGCCUGUCGUCUCAGCUGAUGACCGGAGCAGAGCUGGAGGAGAGCAGCACCACUGAUGGCUUCCAGCAUCCUCGAAUCAGGUAUCUGUGGAUCCGCAUGCAGCAGGUGAAGGAGCAGAUAGCUGAGCUCUCCAGGAAGCAGGCCUGUCGCCCUCAUGAACCCCAGUACGGUCGACUAUUCCAGGAGCUUCAGCACUACCGCUGCAGUAUCGGCCAAACGUCUGCUGUGGAGGACCUGCUGUCUCACCUGCUGAAGGCCCUGCACGGCUCCUCCUCCAAAUCCAGGUCAGCAAUCCAGGCGCUCCUGAAAGAGGAGGCUGUGUGGCAAAACUCCCAGCAGCGCUUCUGCCAGAGGCUGAUGGAGGACUACCCCCUGUACCCUGAUGUGGUUGGACCAGUGAGGACCGGCAUCCUCCAGCUCCGCCACGGUAUGCGGCUAGUGGCCUCCCAGGUGGCCGCCUCUCUCACUCCUGUACCAGGUCUGCCGAAGCUGGUGUCUUGCCUGCUGGCUUUCCCCUCGCUGUCCCCCAGCCUGCCGUCCUACUUGGCCCGGGCAGACUUUCUGUGCUCCAGGGCUUGUAUGGACAUUCUUCGCAGCUUGGUGAAGCUUCUGCCCCAGCAGGACACUGAACACGUGGUCCCGCAGUCCUCCACUCUGCUUCUGAAUGCUCUGCUGUAUGUGCAGUGCCACACACUGUCCACAGGGGAGUUCAGCCAUGAAGCUCACCACCUCUUCAGACACAUCUGCCAGGCUCUGGUGAAUGAGUGGGACGAGCAAGAAAGAAGGAAAAGGGAGCGAGAGCAAAUGGAGGUCAGUCUGUACCGCAACCGCAGCCAACUGCACGGUUCAGGACUGACUGAGGAUGAGCAAGAGGAAAGAGACUUCAGACGCCAGUUCCCUCAGUUCAAUGAGGACUUUGCAGACAUCACAUCCUUGCCGAGUCUGGAAGGUCCAGCAGACGUCGAACCGGAGGGGAAGGAAGACAAACCCCAGGAGGAGUCUGAGGUGGGAUCUCUGUCUCCGGCUGCCAUGAACACUGUGGUCCAGGUGCAUCAGAGCCUGUGUCUAGGAUAUGCCCAUUCACUGUGGUACCAGAGCACAGCACCAGCCAAUCACAGCAAAGAACACAUUAAAGCCCUGGUCUCCUCCUAUCAGAUUGCUUCCCCAGUGAUGCAGCGCUUCUAUCAUCUAAUUGAUUCAGAACUUGACCAGCAGCUGACAGGCAGCGAGCUGCUGCUCUCUGCGCUGCUCCAAAACACGGUGCAGGGCUCUGGGGGUCUUGAUGGUCUGGCUGUCACCUCAGAAGGACCGUAUGACUUCUACCAGCAGCCCAACAUGAGCGAGGCCCGCCUCUGUCUGCCAGUUUUGGAACAGCUGAGGAUGGCAGUGAAGCAGAGACUAGAGGACUGGCCCGACCACCCUGCUCUCAUUCAGCUUAUUGUGGUGAUAGAGAGAAUCAUGGCUUUCAGUCUGGCCUGCCCACUGGCCAAGUUCCUGAACGGUCUGGAGAUCCUCCUCAGUAAAGCACAAGACUGGGAGAACAACGCCAGUCGCUCAGUAUCUCUGCGGAACGAACUGGGACCAGUCACACAGCUCAUUAUCCAGUGGCGCAAACUGGAACUCAAUUGCUGGUCGAGCAGUCUGGACAACGCAAUGAAGCGACACACUGAGAAAUCCACCAAACAUUGGUUCUCCAUCUACCAGCUGGUGGAGAGAUAUCUGGAGGAACAGAGGACGGAGACUAAUACAGAUGAGAGCGUGGAACGCCUCACCCUGUCGUCAGUGUCCUCCACCCUCCAGGCCUUCAUGGAGGGCUCCACCCUGGGCGAGUUCAACACUCGCCUGGCCAUGCUGCUCAGCUUCCACUGCCACCUCCUGCUGGUCCCCAACCAGCCUGGACAAGAGAAUUUGUCCAACCUUCUGUGGAACCUGCACAAAUACUACAAUCAGUUCUCUGAAUGCAUCCAGACCAAAAUAACUCAGCUCAGACAGCCCAUUGAGAAGGAGCUCAAGGACUUUGUCAAGAUCUCUAAGUGGAAUGAUGUCAGUUUCUGGUCCAUCAAACAGUCAGUGGAGAAGACACAUCGCACUCUCUUCAAGUUUGUCAAGAAGCUUGAAGAGGCCCUGAAUGGUCCGAGUGUUCCUUCUCUGGUGGAGCAGGGAAGCAGCGCCAGCUUGGACAGUGUGGACACCAACCCAGAGGAAACACCCAUCCAUCGGGUUCACAAGGCACUGAAAAGCACCCUACCUGGGAAGGGUAGAGAUCUGCAGAAUGAGGGCCCAGAAGAAGAAGCUGAAGCAGCUUCUCUACAGGGACGUCUACCGGUUCUGUCCAGGAAGAUGAAGAAGAUGUGCAUCCAGCUCCUGAAGAAAAACCCAGUUCCUGAGCUGGCUGAAGAUUUGGACUACUUCACCAGCGAGGUCAUCAGCAACCUGCGGGACCUGCAGAGCCUCUCCAUCGACACAUCAGCUGAUAAAGAAAAGCAGAAAGCCGAGGUCAAGCACAUCCUACAGCAGAAGCAGAGAGCUCUGUCUGACCUAUUCAAGAUGCUGGCUGAAAUGGGUCUGUCGUAUCGUAAAGGCCUGACGUGGAACAGGACAGCUGACCCAGAGAAAACCUUAUGUAUGCAGCCGCUGGAGAUGACCACUGCUCUCUCUGCUAUCAGGAACCAGGAACAGGGCGAGAGCAUGUUGUUUACAGAGUUGUUUACAGCAUGGGACGGAUGUCAGAAGUACUUCUACCGUUCAUGGGCCAGAAGAACAGCUCUGCAGACUGCUUUCCAGCGGGCCGCCAAGGAGCUGGGUUUGGGGAACAUUGAGCGCUGUCGAGGUUUCUCCUCACAUCUGUUCAAGCUGCUCCUCCGACAGAGGCGACGGCUGGCCAAGCUCACCGAGCAGUGGGUCCAUCUCAGGAGGCUAACAAAUAGUGUCCAGGGCAUGAAGGUGCACUUCCAGAGCAACAAGGAGGAUCCGGGCUGCACUCUCCCACCCCAGGCUUCUCUCAGCGACUGGGUCAGUAGAGGUCAAGAGCUGGCAGCUCAAUGCACCACCCUCCUGCAGCAGCUGGCCUGGCUGCUGCAGUGCUGCCCUGAGGACCCCCAGCAGAAGGAGGAGGCGAGCAACUGCAGGCAGCACACCCUGAGAUGUCCGUCCCCUCUGGCAGCCCAGCGCCAGCCUCCCGGCUGCCUGAUGAGGAGAGGAGACACGUCGUGGUCUCAGCUGCACCAGCGCAUCACUGCAAUGCUGAAGGAGACCCAGAGCCUGAAGUUGGAGCUGGACUCUGUGGCUCAACAGGCCACUGAGACUGUUCUCCACACAUGGAACCACUUCACAAUAUGUUGUUCAGCCUUCGACCAGCUGGGAGCUGUGGUGGCUCAGAUGCCCGGUGUAGAGCAGCUCUUCACCCCGGCCGUAUGCGUCGGCAACGCAGACAGUCAGCCGGCCAUAACCCAGAGCCUGCAGUAUGUCAGAGGACAGGUGGAGGCGAAUAUCACUGAGUUCACCACCUGGAAGACCCAGCUGCUCUCCCUGGGACACCAACACACAGAUCACCAGUCUGUCUUCUGUACUGAGUUCUCUGCUAAGCUGGAGACAAACAUCAACACCGUGCUGUGUGCUGUCCAGACCCUUGUGAAGAGAAGGGAGAGAGAGCAACAAAAAGAACAGCAAGGAGACACCAAGAAAGAGGGUGCUGAAGAGGAGGAGGAGCCUGUGGAGGACGUGCUGAAGCCUGGUCACCUGACCCGACUCCUGGAGGAGGAGGUGGAAGCUCAGGUGGAGGCUCUGAGUGUUGGAGAUGUUAGUUCUGGACUGGAGAGGCUGCUUAGCCACCUGAGGGCCCACAGAGACUCCUGUCAGCCAGCACAGCUCCAGGAGGUGAACAAGGCAUGCAGGAUGCUGGUUCGUCUGGAGCCCCUGAUGGGGAUUUACUCUGACCUAGUGCGUUACUACGUGGCUGUGUCACUGGGAGCACACAGGAGCACAGGCAAACUGCUGUCUGUACUGGCCAGCAUCUUCACGGAGCUCGCUCAGAAGGGUUUCUGCCUGCCUCAGGAGCUGAUGCCCGGCGGAGAUGGAGAAGGAGCCACAGAGUUUCACGACUACGAGGGCGGUGGUAUAGGAGAGGGAGAGGGCAACAAAGACGUCAGCGACAAGAUCGAGAACGAAGAUCAGGUGGAGGACACCUUCCAGGAGGGUCAGGAAAAGGAAGAAGAGCAGGAUAAAGGAAACAUCAAGUCAGAGGACAACGCUAUUGAGAUGUCAGAGGACUUUGAUGGCCAGAUGCAUGAUGGAGAUGAGAACGAACCAGGUGAAGAUGAGGACUCAGAUAAAGAGAAUGAGGAGGAGCUGGACAAAAAGAUGGGUGACCUGGGUGAAGGACAGACAGACACUCUGGAUGAGAGAAUGUGGGGGGAUGAUGAGGAUGACGAUCAAGAGGAAGGAAGUGACAAGGAGGAGGAGUCUGGCCAGGGCAUGGACCAGGGUGAGUCAGAGCUGGUCGCCAAAGAUGACAACUUGGACGCAGCAGAUCCCAACAAAGACAAGAAAAACCAGGAUAAAAACGAACAGAUGGAUGAGGAGGAGAAAGAAAAGAUACAUGAACAAGGAGAUGAGAGGGAGUUUGAUGAGAAUGAGGUGGACCCCUACCACGGUCAGCAGGACAAGAGACCUGAGCCUGAGGCCAUGGAUCUGCCUGAGGAUCUAAACCUGGAUAAGGACGACGAGGCCGGAGAUGAUGGAGAAGGCGAGGGUGACGAGGAGAAUCCGUUAGACAUUGAUGACAAAGCCAUGGAUGUGGAUGACAAGGAGGAUGGACAGAAAGAUGGAGGGGAGGAGGAGCAGGGAGGGGAGGAGAUGGAGGAGAACCAACCAGGAGAGGAAAACAAUCAGGAGACCAAAACUGAGGAAGGCGAAGAGGAGGAAGGAGGGGAAAAAGCAGAGGAGGACAAAGAUUCUGCUGAGAAAGAUGAAGCAAAAGAGGAAGAGGAGGAGGAGGAGAGAGGACAGGAGGCUGGAAGAGACGAGGAUAUGACUGUACCAAAUGACAAAGGACACAAACCAAAGGAGGAGGAGGAAGGUGGUGGAGAGGACGAGGAGCAGCCAGAGUCAGCUGAGAGGAAGGAACACCAAGCAGACGGUCAGACUGGAGAGCAGAACCUUCAGAGUGAUACGGCUGUGGAGGUGGCAGGAGAAGCAUCAGAGAAAGACCAGGCGAAAGAAGAGCAUGGCAGUGGAUCAGCUGACGCCAGCCAAUCAGAGGGCCACGAGUCAAAGCAGACGGCAAGAAUGGUUUCACAGAAACAGACUCAGAGCAAGACUCAGAGCUUCAAAAGAAAACCCGGCCAAGCAGACAACGAGCGUUCGACAGGCGACUACAAUGAGCGUGUCAACAAGCGUCUGCGUACGGUGGAGAGCAGUAAGGAUCGCACCGAAGACAACAGGCAGAGUGACGCCCAGCAGGAGUCCGACUUGUAUGAGCACAUCAAACAGGGGGAGACAGCCUACGACACUCAGACAUACGAUGUUGCCAGUGCAGACCAGCAGAAAGCAGCAGGACCUCAGCAGGACCAAGAUGAAGAUCAAAAUGAUGAGGAUGUCGCCAUGGAAACAGAGAACCAGGAAGAAGAACUUCAGGCCGCUGAGGUCCAGGAGUUAAAACCUGAGCAGCUGGACUCUUCCAAAGCAUCCCAGAAAGGUGUAGACAGCAGAGAGAUGGAGGUGCAGAGGCAGGGAGAUGAGGAGGAGGAAGAGAAGUGUAAGGACCGACAACAACCCAGAGAAGAAGACAGAGCAGAGAGAAGCACAGAAUCCACGAUUCACACUAUUGCUGAUCUGUUGCUGGAGACUAUGCAGAAAUCAGAGAGAGACCCCGAAGAGAUCAGGAGGGAGAUGGAGCUGCAGCUGGAGGCCUGGCACAAACUGGCUCCAGGGACUCAUGAGGAGGAGAGUGCAGCAGCAUCCAUGUGGCAUCAGUACCAGACUCUGACCUCGGCUCUCUCCCAGCAGCUGUGCGAGCAGCUCCGCCUCAUCCUAGAGCCCACACAGGCCGCCAAACUCAAAGGUGACUACCGCACGGGGAAGCGUCUGAACAUGAGGAAGGUGAUCCCCUACAUUGCCAGUCAGUUCCGCAAAGACAAAAUCUGGCUGCGGAGGACGAAGCCCAGCAAGAGAGAAUAUCAGAUCUGUUUGGCUGUGGACGACUCCUCCAGCAUGGUGGACAACCACUCCAAACAGCUGGCAUUUGAAUCCCUGUCAGUGAUCAUCAACGCCCUCACUCUGCUGGAGGUCGGACAGGUGUCAGUGUGCAGUUUUGGGGAGCAGGUGCAGCUACUGCAUCCCUUCCAGCAGCAGUUUAAUGACGAGUCGGGGGCUCGGAUUCUCAGACUUUGUCAGUUCCAGCAGAAGAAGACCAGAAUAGCACAGUUUUUGGAAACCUCUACGAAAAUGUUUCUAGCAGCACGUCAGCAGACCCCAGGAUCUCUGAACUUGGAGACAGCUCAGCUGCUGGUCAUCGUGUCUGACGGCAGAGGUUUGUUCCUGGAGGGGAAGGAGCGAGUGAUGGCAGCUGUGCGAGCAGCACGCGGCGCCAACGUCUUCGUCAUGUUCGUGGUGCUGGACAACCCCAACUCACGGGACUCCAUCCUGGACAUCAAGGUGCCCAUAUUCAAAGGACCGGGAGAAAUGCCAGAGAUCCGCUCCUACAUGGACGAGUUCCCAUUCCCCUUCUACGUCAUCCUACGAGAUGUCAACGCCUUGCCGGAGACCCUGAGUGACGCUCUCAGGCAGUGGUUUGAACUCGUCACGUCAGCUGACCAAUAAGACCAAUGGGAAGCCAACUUUUACAGGAAGGAAGGAAAAAAAAAAAAGGGCAGCAGCCAACUGCACAAUGCCAUUCUGCUGCUAGCCUCUCAGCUGAAAAACAAGACUGAAACAAACAAGAGAGACUCGCCGCUGUACAUGUGCCUUUAUUUUCUUAUUUUUACUGUAGAUUUUAGUAGUUUGAUAGCGACCUUUGCUGUUUUGUCUUUAUCAGGGGAAUUCAGUUUCUUUUGUAAUGUAACAAGGAUUGCUUUAACUUGCACGUCUGAGAUGAAAUAAUAGGAACAAAAAUGUGAUUUCCCUGCGUAUGAAACGCGUCAGUGAAGUGUCAGUAAAUACCUCUGUCCCCCCUCCCCAUGUAUGAUAAGCCCCGAUUCACGUUUGGAUGUUUUAGUCAGUGUUAUGAACAUCAUCAAAUCAUCCAUUUUAAGUGUGAACGCAGCAGCAGAUGCGCAGAGCCGCAGGACUGAGCUUCCCAACACCUUGACUGAGCAGUAGCAUGUUGUGACUGACUUUUACAGGAACUCAUAAAAUGUGCCUUGGAGAGAACAGUGUUGCAUCUCACUUCACACCUGAACCAGCCGUCGUGGUGACGGAUCAGAGGCGCAGUCACAGCUCUGUCAGGAUUUUUACAGAUUCACAUCUCAUGCACUUUGAAGCACAGCGGCUGCAGAGUCCAGUUUUGAUAAAGGUGCCAGUAGAACCCCUUUUUUUUGUGGUCUUAAAGAAACAUCUGCUAUGUUCAUUUUGAAUCCAUAGUGCGACACAGCUCAUCACUGUGUCUCUUAGGAGAACGUGUUGAAGACAUGAAGCGUUGAAACGUGUUUUGUUACGUGAACAUACAUGUUAGCAGACAUAUGGGUCGUAUUUAAGAGGUUGUUUGCAUCUGCCUGUUAAAUCAUGACGUGAAUGAUCCUGACAAUAAAUGGUUUACAAGGUU